AUGCGUUGCUUACCCUUCCACACCCGCUCUCUCUCUCUCUCUCUCUCUCUCUCUCUAUCUAUCUAUCUAUCUAUCUAUCUAUCUAUCUCAUUCUGUUCAUAUCUAUCUAUCUAUCUAUCUAUCUAUCUAUCUAUCUAUCUAUCUAUCUAUCUAUCUCAUUCUGUUCAUAUCUAUCUCAUUCUGUUCAUAUCUAUCUAUCUAUCUAUCUAUCUAUCUAUCUAUCUAUCUAUCUCAUUCUGUUCAUAUCUAUCUCAUUCUGUUCAUAUCUAUCUAUCUAUCUAUCUCAUUCUGUUCAUAUCUAUCUAUCUAUCUAUCUAUCUAUCUAUCUAUCUAUCUAUCUCAUUCUGUUCAUAUCUAUCUCAGUCUGUUCAUAUCUAUCUAUCUAUCUAUCUAUCUAUCUAUCUAUCUAUCUCAUUCUGUUCAUAUCUAUCUCAUUCUGUUCAUAUCUAUCUAUCUAUCUAUCUAUCUAUCUAUCUAUCUAUCUCAUUCUGUUCAUAUCUAUCUAUCUAUCUAUCUAUCUAUCUAUCUAUCUAUCUAUCUAUUUCUCUUUUGUUCAUCUACCUCUUGUAUAUCUUAUUCAUUUCCUUCUAUACUGUCUUUCUCCAUAAUAUUAUUGACUUAUUUUUCUUUCUUUCUUUCUUUCUUUCUUUCUUUCUUUCUUUCUCAACUCGCCUUUCUUCAUUCCUUAUUCAACUCCCUUCCUUCCUUUUCUUCUCUAUUUCUUUUUCUUUCUUUCUUACAUUUUUUUCAGCUUGUUUUCCUCUCUUUUUUCUACGCUCUUUCUUUCGAUUCUCAUUCAACUCGCUUUUCUUUCUUUCUUUUUUCUUUCUUUCUUUUUUCUUUCUUUCUUUUUUCUUUCUUUCUUUCUCAGUUUACUCGCUUUCUUUUCUUUUCCUUUUCUUUCCUUUUCAUUUUGCUUGCUUUCUUUUUAUUCACAUCUUUUUAUUUCCAUUUUUCUUUAUUUCUCCUUCAACUCGUUUUCUUUUUUCUCUUUCUUUCUUUAUUUUUAAUUCCAAUCGCUUUCUUUUCUUUCUCGCUUUCUUUCUCCUUCAACUCGAUUUCCUUCCUUCCUUCCUUCCUUCCUUCCUUCCUUCCUUCCUUCCUUCAACUCAUUUUCUUUUCAAUCUUUCUUUCUUUCUUUCUUUCUUUUUCAACUCGAUUUCCUUCCUUUCACAUUCUCAUUAA